CGAGAGCAGAUUAUGUCAGAUAAUGAAUAUACAGGUUCGAAAAGCUAUUAUGCUCUGCAUAGCUUCUCUGAGAAAUUGUUGGCGGUGUAGCCAUGAAGAGAAAAAACGACAGCCGCGGGAAUAACGACAAAAGGAAAAACUAUCGGUGAGAAUAAUGAUACAGUUUAGCGGUACAUGGGAGAACCGCUCUGGACCUUGUGGACUACUUUUUCGCCAGCAUAGCAGAGCCUUAUAAAGGUGAGAGUCUCUGCUUUGAUUUUCGUCGUGGUGUUCAUCUUUUUCUUCUCACCCUCAGCAGAAAAGAAAAUGAAUCAACACAGAAAAGAACAAGGCAAUAAGGAAGACUCUGCGGAAAAGGACAUUGUUCAUGCCGAUAAUGUCUUGACAUCCGGCGACCAAGGCUCCGCCGAUGCCGACCCAGAAAAACGCGGCGGAUUUCAGGGACCUUAUAGGAAAAGCCCUGCCGAGAAAAAGCUGCUUCGCAAAAUUGGAUACACUUUUUUGCCUGUAGUAACGUUGAUCGUGAUGGUUCAGUUUGCGGACAUGACAGCCCUGGCUAUCUCGGCUGUCCUUGGUAUCUAUACGGAUACGGGGAUUUCAGGAUCUGAAUUCAGCUGGCUGGGCAGUAUCUUUUUUCUGGGCUACCUCAUCUAUCAGAUUCCAAACCAAAUUUUGCUUCAGAAGCUUCCUAUUGGGCGCUAUCUUGGUGUUUGCCUUCUUCUUAUGGGAGUGAUCAUGCUCUGUACAGCCCAGGGUAAUACAUUUCCGCAACUGGCUGCACUUCGUUUUUUGUUGGGAGUUUUUGAGGCAAGCUGCUUACCUUGCAUCUACUUGAUUGUCGCAAAUUUAUAUCGCCGUGAGGAACAAACUUUUUAUUUCGGUGUCGUAAUUGCAUGCCAAGGAGUUGGAUCUAUUUUUGGAAAUUUAAUUGCUUUGGGUGUUUCGUAUAUGGGAAAUCGUCGAGGGAUUAUUAUGUGGAGAUGGAACCAUAUCAUCUUUGGUGUUAUUACUGUGGUACUCGGUAUCGUCACGUUUUUCUUCUUGGUUGACGGUCCGCGAUCCAAGUUGCUUAGACUUACCAAGGAGGAAGAACACAUUGUGUCACUGAGAACAGAAGACAAUGCUGUCGUCCGAACCAACAAAAUCAAAGGCGCUCAAAUGAUUGAAGCCAUCAAAGAGCCAAGGCUGUAUCUUAUCUGCAUUGCUGUUAUUACAACUCACAUGCAAACCGGAGGCUUGCUCAUCUUUAGUGCUCAGUUCAUCCAAACCCUGGGUGACUUUACGUCUACAGAGAGCAUUUUGCUGAAGUUGCCUGGCGGAGUAGCAUCUGCUGUGCUUACCAUCUUGGCAUCCGUGAUCGCAAACAAAAUACAUCAAGUUGCAUACGUCGGCGUCUUUAUGUGCGUCAUUAGUCUGUCCGGUGUGCUUAUUCUUGCAGCAGUACCAGACGGUUCAGUCAAGCUGCUUGGAUAUUACCUCAGUUGGGGGAUGAGCGGUGCCAGUGCUUUAUUAGCAGCCACCGUUGGUAUGAAUGUCAGCGGCUACACCAAAAAGAUCCUUUACAAUAGCUGCCUUGUUGCAGCAGGCACGAUUGGUUCAUUUAUAGGUCCACUGGUUAUGCUCGAGAGAGAAAAACCGCGUUAUAUCACUGGCAUGAUCGUUUACUGCGUCGGCAAUGGUUUGGCAAUAUUUUGUUUCUUAAUCAACCGCAUGAUUAUGGCACGAGAAAAUAAGAGACGGCUGGCAAACCCACCAGAGCAUGAGCCGGAUGUGACUCUUGGUCUUACUGAUGUAGAGGACAAGACAUUUGUUUACAAGCUAUAGCGCUGCUUCUAGGUCAUAUUUCUUUAUAAAUUUAUUCUAAGCAAUGAUCUACCCACAUUUUAUAUGUGUAUAUGUAUUUUUAAUUAGUCGCAAACUUUGGCAGCAGCAGCUAUCCAGAGAUGAGAAGCUGGAAGACUGUAUAUCUAUCUACUACCCUUUCAUAUUGAGAAAUUGUAACUACCAAAAACAUUUCGCGAUAACAGUAGCAUACAUUUUAC